AUGUCGGUCGCAGAAAACCUUCAGUCAUCCAUCUCGUCGCUCGAGAACUCCAUCAACUUCCUCAACUGCGCGAUCGAUCCGCUCAGGCAGGUCACCGACGAUGUGGACAGAUUCAAAGUUGUUCUCCGCACAAAGGCUGUGUUCGAUGUAAUCCCUGAAGCAGCCGUGCAAAAACGCACAAAUUCGGUCAAUUCGCUGGUCGAGCCUCGUCUAAACAAAGAUCACGAGUUGCUGCGCGAAAUAAUGUCGGACCUUGCACGCAAACAAGACCGUUUGUACAAACAGGUCGGCCCGUUGGAAAAGAAGUUGCAACGCGUCAGAUCUCAGCACGGAGCCUCGCUCAAGGUGCAAAAAGUCGCAGGUACGCGUGAGGAAAUAGCCCGUCUCAACAGUUUGCGUGCAAAGAAGCUUAAACUGGCGUCGAGAUCAGUUUGA